AAGACAACAUAAUAUAUUUUAGGGUUGGUUUGUCAUAAACUUUUAGAUUUCAACGAAGAAUGUUCAACAGCUUUUAACGUCAGCAAAUGUUUUUAAAAAAGAUCAAUAUAUAUUUAUAUACAAAUAUUUAUAUACCAAACCUGUUUCACGGUUGAAGAACAUUAAACGUUGAAAGAAUCUCAGAACGGAAAAUAUAAUUACAUAUAUAUUUACAAAAAAUCACGUUACACGGGGAGAAGUGUGUUUGUGCUACAAAAUAUUACAUAUAAACAAUUUCGUGGUCAUAUAGACGAAAGUAAAAAGAAGAUAAUUAUAACCAUGGAUUUAAUUAAAACCAUGGAUUUUGUUGUUUACGAAAGUAGAGCGAUAUGAACUUUGGACAUAUCAUGUGAGGUAGACGAAAGUGAUAGCGAUAGGAGAAUGAGAGUAAUUAAAUAAAAAUAGACGUGUAUUGAUUUAUUGACGUCAAAUGUUAAAAUGGAAAUAAAUAAAAGACAUUAAAAUACAAUCGUGCAUUUCAGCCUUUAUGUAAGUUAAGCCAGUUCGACUUCCUAACCUCCUGACUAGGAGCAACCUCGUCCCCAGGGCAUCUUGUAUCUUUCUGACAUCACUUUUUAUUGUUUACUGAAACCUUCUUCGGUGAAGAGACUAUUUAAAGCUAGUCCACGGAUUUGUUUGCCCUUUUUACACCGCAUUGCGUGUGUCUUGCUACUUGCCGUACUAUUUUGCGUAACAGACAGACGUAGACGGGUAUUAAUAAUAUAGAUUAGUCGUGGAUGAAGCUAUAUAUUCCAUAAGUUUAAGUUUGUAAUUAUGUCUAUGCAGAACGACCUUAUUUGUAAUUAGAUAUAAUCAUUAAUAAUAUAUAAUUGCAUGUUAUUUUUGUAUGUAAGAAUAUUUCUUUUACAAAAGCGACUAUAAAAAACAUUCCCCUAAAAACUUCCAUUUACAUUCUUGAUUGGUUAGAACAAAUCACGUUACAAAAUUAAAGUCAUUUCACUUGCUAGGAAUUUCAUUGUCUGCCAAUUUAAUCUUAAUGGAGGGUUGUGUAACUACAAUGAAUGUAAAUACUUUGUCACAAAUUUAUGUUGGGACAUAUUCACGUUGCCUAUUUUGUUUAAAUCUUUUUCAUUGAAUUAACAAACGUUUUAGGAUAAGAAACAACAAAUUAAAAAAAAAUUCUGCACGUGGUUUCUUCCGCGGGUUUAAAAAUUAGUACAUUACUACGCUAGUUCUAGUCUGUCUGUAACAAGCAAAGUAGAUGUGUUGUUUUUGAUUAAAAAAAUAGCCGUAGCAACAUUUCACAUUUGCCAAUUUAUAUUGUUUAAAUAACACUUGGGGCAUGAAGAAAAAAAUCCGGUAAAUUCGGACUUGCUAUGGAUUCCAAUUGUUUUGUCAAAUGAAGAAAUUAUCUACAAUUAAAUCCAUGAUAAAAUGUCUGUUCCGCCUGUAAGUGCAGUUUUGCAGACUUGAUUCAUCCGUGCUUCGUCGGCGUUCACCUCCGCAUUAGUUAAGAACCGCAUGGCUGGAUUUCUUGUGUAAGACCUGGUUACCAACGACGAAGGGGUCAGGCAAAAGAGAUUCAUGUCUACGUAGUUCUUUUAACUAAGUCAGGAAUCGGUGAAUUAGCUAGGAUGGUCAGGUUGGCUAUGAAUAGGCUUGCUGAUGGAUGAAAAGUGUUCGACCAAGACGGAAAUCUAUCGACGUUUUGUCCAAUGAACGUUCUAAACGAGCUAAGGACAUCUCCGAACAAACUGGAAAUGUGGCGGGCAUUUUGUCUGACGAGUCUCCAAAAAUUAUUUCGAAGGGUGCCAUCGCACGUGUUUUACGCGUAUGCCAAGGCAUGCGCGUGCGAUCGCACGCCUCUUCUGAAAAAGCCUGUUAUUUUUAAUUUACAAUCAAAUAUUCUCGUCGUCAACUUAAUUUGUGUGAGAAAAAUCAAUUUCAGGUAUUUAUUCACUUUCUUUGAAGCCAGUAUACACCACCAUUCGGACCUGGAUAUUCUCUACGUAUCCUAGACACGACACAAGAUGGUAUCACCCGACGAACACCUUUUCCCAAGUGGUUAUGAACAAACCAAUAGAAUUGGCGGUAUGCCGCAUAUCGAUAAGAUCUAAAAAUAUCAUCCUCAAAAAAGAUUAGAAGCAAGAGUGCUAGCGACUUAUUUGUUAGAAACUUCGUCCUUUUUUUUAAGUCUACGGCUUUCCUGAUUGUGAAGAGCGACUAUCGCUGUCCACAAAGUGUUGUUUAAAAUCACAACAGCGUUGAAAUCUUCGUGCUUUGUUAUACAUUUCUUCUCAAAAACACAACAGAAACCUUAUACCCAGGCGCUCAUUUAUAAUACAACCAAAAGAAAAAUGUGAGGUCAAAUUUUAUAGGUAGCUUAGCUGGAAGUAAUUUAUAGUGUCCACCUCGUUACAGCAUAAACAGUCAACAGCUAUAGGCAUCUUUUCGCACUUUUGCACAUAGGCACCACUCACUGAUCUGGUGUGUCUGCUUCAUUGUCAUUAUAAGAGGGAAUUUGUUGUUUGUUAUUUGGUCGUUCUGGCUCAAACUGAAAUUCAAUUAUGUUUACAUUUCUGUUUGUGAACAUAAUUUAUAAUUGUAAAAAAAUUCUAUUGGAAAUAUCAUUAACAUUUUUUCGUUAUUUCUCUAACUGCAUGCGCCAAUCUCUACACGGGGUAAAUCAAUGAAUACGUCAUUGCAUAAAUUGCGCAUAUUAAUGUUUUUACCCAGUCCUUUUCCGCUUUCGAAGUUCAGUAAAGAUGAGGAUUGAGAAUGGCAUGGUCAAGUAAACAAAUUCAGUUUAAACUUAAGCUGGAUUUCCAUCAGUGCGAGUUCUCUUCUGGCUUUUUUGACCCAUUGAUUUUUUUCGCACUGGUGGAAAUUCCAGAGCGACACUUUUUUUUGCUCUUAUCGCCCAAUUUCAGUGCGAUAGUUAGAGCGACAAUUAUCACAAAGUUUUAAUAUUUAUCGCUCUGAGUUUUCGCCUGAAAGUGCAACUUCAACGAAAUAUCGAAUGUCCUUUUAAAGAAAUUGAAUAGAUUCUAUUGAAGUGUAACUUCAGCACAUGCUUACACGUGUUGAGCACAAGAAAUAGUUUCAUAUGUGUUAUGAAGCGAGCAGUGUUGUAAAACAAGUGUCAUUAAAUGGGAAAAACAAAUAGGUGCAACUUAAAGGGAAGAUGAGUACUUAGCAGAGGCUGUUCGAAAUUUUAUUAUGUCUAUACGGCAAAAGUUGCAAAGGAGUAUCGAGAAAAAAGAACGAGUGGCAAAUGCUUGGGGGAAAGAGGGUAAAGGGUAAAGUUUAUCCUUUUUCGUCAGUUCAAUGCGCUAUAUUUUUGCGCUGUUAAACCUUGAGCGUAUUCAGCUUAUUCUAUUACUUAAUUGGAAAAAAUGUUUUUAUAUUCAACUGUUUUAAGGUUAAGCUUUUCAAAGAUGGGACAACUUAAAAAAGAUACAGCAAGGAAAGGAAUAACCUAAAAAGGAAAUUUGCAUCGGGAUCAAGUUUGGCUGACGUUAAAUCGUGUGUCAAAUUUUAAAGGAAUACUCUUUUUUGUCUUGGCUUGAUAAGUAUUCAAAUUAGAGACACUAAAUCAAAUAUAACGGCUCCGGAGGAUGAGGAGGAUAUUGAUUCUUAUUCGGAGGCGGCGGUUGAAAUUAUUUAAAUAACAAGAAUGACCCUACAACAAAAUCACCAAGUUUGGCCAAGAUGACAACUAUUGCCCUCAUUGUGCAAUUUCACUUCUUAAAGCAGUUGAUUAUGCACUCCUUUCAAUUCUCUUUCUCUAUAAAUUUGACGAACACGAGAAAAUGGCGAUUUUCUUCGUCUCUUUUUUUUACUAUUAAGGCCACAGCUUCUUCUUUUUUCUGAACUGUCUGCCAUCUUGAAAUGCGUGUGUUCACAUAAGAAAAUUUCGCACAAAUAAUAAUUUGAAUAAUAAUUUGAAACUCAUUUACAGCGUAGAACUCCUGUCGCACUAAAAUUUUGUGUAAUUUUAGAGCUAUAGGAAGAUUCGCUUUAAUGGAAACCCACCUUUAUGAGAGACAAUUUCGGUUGUAUUUAAAAUACUUUUUUCUUUACUUUUCCAUGUAACUAAUAUCAAGUUUUGAUUUUUUACCGGGCAGUACCUUUAUAACGCGUAAAAACCUUUUUGAAAAAUUUUGCGCAACUUCGGUUUAAAUAAGUCUAGUUUUGAAUUUAUUUUGCUUUAUGAUCAUUUUUUAUCAUUUACCAGUCAGCUAUUUCAGGUUAACUGUCUAUAAGUUUUUUUUAUCACAAAUAUUUAUAUGUGGUUUACUUGCGAAGGUUUAUUUUAAUCACAUGCGUCAUCUGUAAAGAGUACUCACCAGACCACAGACAUUUGUGUCAACAUUCUUUGAUCUCUUUAAUAAAACCCGUAUUCUAUUUGUCUGCUUGCGCGCGAGAAAAAAAGUCGUGUUGCGGAAACACGAAAUGCGAACAGUAUAAUAAUUAUUAAAUAGUAUUAUUGUAGUUUUAUUUAUUUUUCGAAUUUUUAUUAGACACCUUUUGAAUUCUCAUCAAAUUUUGUGUUGGACGUGAUAAAAAGGGAAAGUGAACAGAAAUGUCUGCUUUUUGUCGAUAACAGCGCUGGUUAAUUAAUCAAGUUUUGAAUGUAGGUAAUCCCCAGUUACCUAGGGUGGAGCAGCUGAUGCCAGUUGCCUCUAAAAGAUUUCCCUUUUUUAGCCUCACACUCAAAAGUGCAAUGCAAUGGCUUCGCUAAUUUCAUAACGGAUUGACGGCAGUCUAAAAGGCUUUAACGUCGUGACGUAACGUCGAUAAAGUUAACAAAUUAGACAUAACGGUUUUAGCGGCUUCAAAAGAAAAUGAAAACAACCCAUUCUUCUUAUACACUGUCACCAUUUUAUGAUAAAGGAUUAAAUAGUAAAUUAGUUCUCUCGAAGUGUGGUUAGUACUACAAACUAGUCGUUAUCCCGUGAAAAAAUUCACAAGAAUUCAUCUGCCAGAAAUAUCCACGAAAAUAUUCCCGUCACCAUUUGCAGCUACCAUUUGACACAGUGAGUAUCCUAAUAUAGACUAGUCGUUAACCCAUAAAAAACACACGAGGUGUCCCGUCUUUAAGUUACACGUUACUUUGUGUGCCCGUAACACGAUAUGUUUUUUGCGACAUGCAUGCAGAAUAUGUCUGUUGUUAAUUACACUUGUUGGCAUUACGUGGAAAAAUCCAAGAACCACCGGCGAUUCAAUAUAACACCAAAUAUAUUAAUCAUUUAUUUAUGAUGCCAUAAUAAUAGAAUUUCAUGACUAACUGUAGCGAAUGCUGUGCUGAGAUCAAUAAGGUUUGAUAUAUCUCUUGACUCAACUGAAUGAUUGCAUGAUCAUUUGACUGGCCUGCCAAACAGCCAAAUGUCUUAUUAUACUCGCACUUUGUCGGAAUUUAAGUUUAUGUAUAUUUUUAAGAGUCUUGGGCUGUUUUCCUUACUGAUAACGUUGCUUAAAUAGACUGUGGUAACACAUGGGUGUUAAACACAAUCUGGAGUAUUUCCAUUCAGACUGAAGAAGUAAAGAGGGGUAGAGUGGAGCAAAAUUCGAAAACGGACUUCAAAUUCCAAUCUUAUCUUUUGUUUUUUCAAACCAAUCAAAAAUCAGUUAUACAAAACUUUAACCCGCAAAAUUAUAUCUUAAAAACAAAUUGGGACACUGUGAAGUCUUAAGUUGUAAAGAAUUCGUUAUAUAGUCUCCCUUUCUCUAAUAUUAUUGUAAGAGAAAGUAAAAAAAUGUGAUCUCACAUCAGUUUUAAAAAGUUGUGAUGAAAAACAAAUAAAGCAAUACGGUAAAUUUAAAAAUAGCCAUUUUACAAAUUGUUUAUCGGUAUACUACAACCUAUAUGCUGAAUAAUUAAUUUAGUAGUAUUAAAACUAUGAUUUGUUUCGUAGAAACAACGAACAAACGCACUAAUAAACAUUAUAUGUAGAAACAGAAGAAACGUUCUGUUAAGAGCAUUUUUGAAGAAAGAACGUCAACGCGGAUAUUAUAGUCAUGGCAACGGCAGUACCUCCAACAGGAUCUUCUCACCACGCAUUGAUCACUAACAAUGAAUAUCAAAUUAAAUUGGUCACACUUCUCAAUGAAUGUUGUGACCACUUACGUGAAAUUUUACAUGAUCCUGCCCGUGGCAACAUGCCAAGGGAUAAGAAACAAUUAUAUCUGUCAUUAAAACAAUAUAAGAAACAUUUAAACCGUCUGAAAAGAGAUCAGCUGGAAAUCGUUUUUCCGCAAGAUAAGGAAACAGAUUCGGAAUUGUUUGACAUCACUAUUUUAUGUGACGUUCUAAUUAAUUGUUGUCACGGUAUACAAGCACCAAUUGGUGGGUGGAGGACCAGAAAACCGCAACCAAAUGAUUUCAGUGUCGGUGCUGACAUCAUUCGAAUCAGAAAUGAGCGCAAUAAUGUUAUGCAUGGAAGAGCAAUGAGUUCAGCACAAUAUAAUCAGCUAUGGAAUGCCAUAGAAGGUAUAUUAAGAAGACUCGGAUACGACAUAACGAAAAUUAAAGAUUUGAAAUCUGGUUGCUUGAAUGACUUAGACUUAUUUAAGAUCGAAAUUAUGAAAGCAGAUACUGAAAUUUUAAAUUUCAAUGUUAACAAUAAUAAAGACAGUAUUCAGCAAAACGAAGAUGGCAUUAAACAAAAUCAAGAUGACAUCAAAGCAAAUAAAGAUAAUAUUCAGCAAAACGAAGAUGGUAUUAAACAAAAUCAAGAUGACAUCAAAGCAAAUAAAGACAGUAUUCUGCAAAACAAAGAUGGUAUUAAACAAAAUCAAGAUGACAUCAAAGCAAAUAAAGACAGUAUUCAGCAAAACGAAGAUGGUAUUAAACAAAAUCAAGAUGACAUCAAAGCAAAUAAAGACAAUAUUCAGCAAAACGAAGAUGGUAUUAAACAAAAUCAAGAUGACAUCAAAGCAAAUAAAGACAAUAUUCUGCAAAACGAAGAUGGUAUUAAACAAAAUCAAGAUGACAUCAAAGCAAAUAAAGACAGUAUUCAGCAAAACGAAGAUGGUAUUGAACAAAAUCAAGAUGACAUCAAAGCAAAUAAAGACAGUAUUCAGCAAAACGAAGAUGGUAUUGAACAAAAUCAAGAUGACAUCAAAGCAAAUAAAGACAGUAUUCAGCAAAACGAAGAUGGUAUUGAACAAAAUCAAGAUGACAUCAAAGCAAAUAAAGACAAUAUUCAGCAAAACAAAGAUGGUAUUAAACAAAAUCAAGAUGACAUCAAAGCAAAUAAAGACAGUAUUCAGCAAAACGAAGAUGGUAUUAAACAAAAUCAAGAUGACAUCAAAGCAAAUAAAGACAAUAUUCUGCAAAACGAAGAUGGUAUUAAACAUAAUCAAGGUGACAUUAAAGCAAAUAAAGACAAUAUUCUGCAAAACGAAGAUGGUAUUAAACAUAAUCAAGAUGACAUCAAAGCAAAUGAAGACAAUAUUCAGCAAAACAAAGAUGGUAUUACACAAAAUCAAGAUGACAUCAAAGCAAAUAAAGACAAUAUUCAGCAAAACAAAGAUGGUAUUAAAGAGAAUAAAGAGAAUUAUAAUCGAUUAGCAGCCGAAGUGGAAAUAGUAAAGCAAACUAUUUCUUCAUCAUCAUGUGAUCAGAAGAGUUCUCAGUUGGAAGAAACUAUAAAAGAACAACCCAGUUAUAUGCUACUAAAAAAUUUUCAAGGAGAUUUUGUAAUAAAAUUUGAUGAUGACUGCUUCAACUGGUCUGCACAAAGUAUACAAACUAUUAUUACUAAAAAUUUUACAAGACAAUCAAAAGAACUUAAUUUCGGCGACGAUUAUUUUGUAGAAGAAAAAGAAGGAAAACUAUUACUGCUUAUUUACAAUCACAAAUCUAUCAAUGCUGAAUCUAUCAAUGGGUUAUCCAUUACGUUAGUUGACAGUGAAAGUAAAACUCAUUUGAUUUCAAUUGAAGAUAUUGCACUGGUCCGAGCACAUAUGUGUACAACCAGCUAUUUUGAUGUUAGAACCCACAACAGUGGAAGAAUAUCUGAACAGAUAAAAUGCAUUGUAGGAGCAGAAAGAGAAGAAACAAAAAUUGAAUUUAUAUGUGGUGGUAGCCUGCAAACAAUGGAACCUAAGGAGUACGAAGCAUUUGAAAGAGAUUACAUCCAGCGUUAUUUCACCGUCAAUGGUAAAUGCAUGGAAGAACCACUACAAAUUCCACCCCCAAUGCCAAAAGUCACACAUUCAUUAUUCGCACAAAAGAUAAAGGAUGUUAUAAUCGAAUUACAACAUCGUUUGUUUACAAUAUUUACUCAUUAUAACACGAAGGAACAUAUUCGAUUUCUAAAACUGGAUAAAGAAUUUUCUUUGAGUUUGGAAAGCACAAUUACUGAUAACAAAAGAAUUCUACUUGUGUUGCCAAAUUAUAUCGUCAACAUUAGAUACACAGAAACAACCGACGCAGUAAGAAUACAAGAUGAAGUCAAAGCGGGCGAAGAAGACUUGAAGGAGCUAUCUAUCAUCACUAAAAAAUAUCUUAAAAAAGGUCACCUGACAAUGGUUAAUGUUGUAGCUGCACCACAUUUCGAAGAUAUCGAAAAUAUCCACCUUUGUGUAGACUGCAACUUACUCUCCAAAAAAACUUUGGCUGAGGAUAGAAAUAUAAUGAAGUUCUUUUUAAAUAUUUUGCAAAGCUCACAAGUACAAAAUAAUGUUAAGGAUAACAAGGAACGGUAUAUCAACAUAGUUGGUAAAGUCAUAUGUUUUAUGGCUACUAGAAAAGCACUCUAUUCUGUUCCUUCACUCAGUAAAAACGUCCACGAACAAAUAAGCUCGUUAAUACUUUCUCCACAGCAACUCCGUCAUUUAUACAACAACACUUUAAAAAAAAUUAUAAUCGGUCCUCUAGGUAGUGGUAAGACAGUGCUAGCUUUAGCACAUUUGGAAAUAGCUUACGAGCGCUCUGAGAAUAGAUCGAUCAUAUACUAUGUUAUUUGGGACGGCAACACAUUGCUGAAACGGGAUAUUGUCAAUCAUACUAAAAGGUUUAAUUACAAAGCCGCUGUCGAAGUUGUUGUAAAGGAUAAUGUCGAGUUAGCUAAGGAUUUGAAAAUGAAUGAAGUGCCAACACCAUACCAGCUAUUAGAGUCAUUGGUUAAGAAACAUGUUGACCAAAACCUGCAUCUGAUAAUUGAUGAAUUAAAUGGAGAGUUAUUUAACAAGGAAGAAUCAUCUUUGCUCAAACACUAUCUGGAGACUGAAGACAAAUUAAAUAAAUCCUUCAUCAUUUUUUUCCCACAAUCCAUUGAGAAACAUAGAACAUUAAUUUCACACCAAAGAGUCACAAUACAUGACAAGUACAAGUAUGAAGAAACAGGAAUGGAAGUAUUAAAACUUACCAGAGCAAUGAGAACAACCCGGAUAAUCUUUCAGUUUUUAAAGGCUUUUGAAAAUGAAGUAGAACAAGACAAGGUAACAAUGAAGCUUUUCGAUCAGGAAUCAAAAGAUGGAAUGUCCACCAAAACAAAUAUCGAAAAAAUACUGAAUUUCCUUUCCAAAAUUUGGAAAAAACAACCACAACAGCGGCAAGAGCCACAACGGCGACAACAACAGCAGCAGCAGCAGCAACCACCACCACCACCACCACCACCACCACCACCACCAGAACAACAACAACAAGGAAAAACUACCAGUAGCAAUGCCACGCCGAUAAUAAAAGGAGAAGAAGAAGUAUUUGAAACACCAGUUGAUAUUGAUGUCGUUGCAGCUUCCAUGCAAGAUGGGGAUCUGUCGGGUAAUGUUAGAAUUGACACUUCAUUAAAAUUUAAUACAGCGUAUUCAAUCGGUCAUAAUAUCGAAGGAACAAAACCGUUAUUGAUACAUCCGGGAAAUACUCCAACAACAGACAAGGAGUUUAUACCAAUGUUAGCACUUGUUUUACAAGAUGUAUGUUUGCAUCGUGCCACUAAACGUUUGUUCAUCUAUAACACAAUACCUCAAAAAGCUAUUUUUCAUAGAUUACUAAGAUUAUUAAAGAUUGAUUUUCUUCACUACGACAAGUACACUGACUGGAAAGUUUUAAAUUGUGAUGAUAUCAUAGUUAAAAAUCCCUUGCAGAGGCAAAAUUAUAACCUGCUCACUACUAUUGAGGGAAGUCGUGGAGUUGAAGCAGCCGAAUGCAUCUGUAUAAUUAAAAGCAAUGAUUGCAAGUUAAAACAUUUGACAUUAGAAGCAAUGUCCAGAGCGACACAAAAUCUAGUCCUUGUUUCAACGUCCAACGUUUACCAAUCAGGUACAGUAAAAUCAUCAACUGGUCAUAUCAUCAGUAAACUGUUAACUGAACAUCUGGUUGAAUACAAUCUAGAAGUCUCAAACGAUGAAGAUACGGAAAUACCGUUCACAAAGUCUAUGAAAAGUAACAAUCAAAUAGUUUUUAACAUUAAACCACAAUAUUGGAAAUUCAAAGAAAUGAUAAAAGAUUUGGAACAUGUUGGUUUUCAGGCAACGGAUGAACGCCUAAAUGCGCAUGAGAUCGUUAUGAAAAACCUUUGUCCUCCUGGAAAAGUGAGCAAUAUAAUUUGCUCAUAUUUGUCACGUAAAUCAUGCAUAUUGAGAUGGCAAAAGGACGCUAAUAAAUACACCGUUAGAAGACAAGAAAGUAAAAAUUCAACCUGGAAUAACUUAGCAACUGACAUUUCUUGCAAUCAAUACAUCGUUGAUGACAUGGCAAUUGGUGAAACGUGCAAGUUUUGUGUUGUUGCUAAAAAUCAUCUUGGUGUAUCUGAUGACAGCAUUGUGUCUUAUUGUCACGAACUUCCAAACGUUAAGGGUGUCCAAUUUGAAGAUAUCGAGAAAAUUAUUGACACUAACGAUAUCAAGAAAUUGAAAAAAUUACUAUCCAUUCAUCCAAACAUCGUUCACAUGAGAGGUGAAUAUGAACAAACACCAUUGUUGUGGACAGUAUGGAAGACCAAUACAUCAAUGGUGGAAAUACUCAUCUCAUAUGGGAGUGAUGUUUGGGCGGAAAAUAGAUUGAAACGAAACAGUUAUCAUUUGGCUGCAACGAGUGGUCGUCACACAAUAUUAGAUAUGUUAUGUCGACAUGAUGUAACAAACAUCAACCGUGGAAAUGUUGUCAACCGCACACCAUUACAUGAAGCUGCAAUUAAUGGUAACAUCUCAUGUGUUGAUGUUUUGUUACGUUAUGAAAAUAUUGAUGUGACGAUCGAAGAUUAUCUUGGAGAAACAGCUUAUGAUGUUGCUGGAGCAUGGAAGAAUGAACAAAACCGGGAAAUAAUAAGACGAAAAAUAAAAGAAUACGAAGACAUGACGAAGUGAAUAUUUCAAAUGAUUUUGUUUUGAAAAACAACAAUCAGUUUGUGAGAUGAGGAACGAGUUAUUUUUUAUUUUAUAUUGUAAUAAAUUUAUUUGUAGUAAAACGUACUGAAAAUUUUUCUGUUCGAUUUUUAUCAAGCCUGGUUUCGUUUAUAUUUCAUUCAGGAAGCGACACAUGUCAAAGGUCACGUGUUUUUUUAACUGUCUGAAACUUGCCGCAUGGUGCAAUGUAGAGUAAAUCUUAUUACAAACAUCAACUGAUAUACUUUCUCAACCUCGUCCCCAAGUCUUGUUAGGCCUUUUAUUUUUGAAGGCCUGAACAAGGCCCUGGCCCUGGCUGGUCACGUGACGACAGAAUACCCACGUAUAGUGGGUAUUUUGAAAAUAAUUAUUUGUCUCGCUCUUCCAAAAUAUACACAAGCAGUCAAGAAAAAAAUAAAAGAACUGACAGAAUUAUUUAGAAUGGUUAAAAUAAUAUUAAUAAGAAAAAAAUAUAUAUAUAUUUUAAUAUAAAUAUUUUUAUCUAAAUAUUUUUAUAUAAAUAUUUUUUACAUUGUAAAAACUAUUUUUAUAUACUUAUAAUAAUAUUAUUUAAUGUAUAAAACUGUUAAUAAAUAUUGUAUAAUAUAUUAAACAUUCACACUU